GCCCCUUUUGUUCGCUCUCCGGCCGCUGAGCUCUCCUGGCGCUCGGCUCCUUUCGGCUGAGCUCGGCUCGCCUUGGCAGGGCUCCACGGAGCUCGGCUCUUCCCGGCUUGGCUCCCCUCGACUCGGCUCCUUCUGGCUCGGCUCGGCUCGACUCGGCUCCGCCUCGGGAGCGCAGGCAGAAGCCCGGCUUACUGGAUCCGCCCCUCCCUCUGUCUUCUGGUCGUAGAUCGUGUGCGAGGCCCGGACUCGGAGCGCGGAGACCGGCUUAGGAUAGCGGCGUGCGGGGAAGGGCGCAGCAUCCUCGUUUCCAGGACGGUCGGACCGAGAGGAGGCCAAGGGGUGUAGGGUCCUUGUCGCUGCUGGAGCUCCAAGGUGACCAAGGAUGGCAGGGAGGAUGUGACCGUCAUCUGCCUUUGUCUGCCCUCCUAGUGGCCCCACCAUGCAGAAGCCCAGUGGCCUGAAGCCCCCUGGUCGAGGGGGCAAGCACUCCAGUCCCGUGGGCAGACCAUCCAUAGGGUCAGCUUCAUCCUCUGUGGUGGCACCAGCCAGUGGCUCCAAGGAAGGGUCUCCCCUGCACAAGCAGGCGUCGGGCCCCUCCUCGGCCGGAGCCACCACCACUGUCUCUGAGAAGCCAGGUCCAAAGGCAGCUGAAGUGGGUGAUGACUUCCUGGGGGACUUUGUGGUGGGCGAAAGGGUGUGGGUGAAUGGCGUGAAGCCAGGUGUGGUGCAGUACCUCGGUGAGACACAGUUUGCGCCAGGCCAGUGGGCCGGCGUGGUCCUGGACGACCCAGUGGGCAAGAAUGACGGAGCGGUGGGUGGCGUGCGCUACUUCGAGUGCCCGGCUCUGCAGGGCAUCUUCACGCGGCCCUCCAAGCUGACCCGCCAGCCCACAGCUGAGGGCUCUGGCAGUGACGCCCACUCAGUGGAAUCCCUCACUGCCCAGAACCUGUCCUUGCAUUCUGGCACCGCCACACCCCCACUCACCAGCCGAGUCAUCCCCCUGCGGGAGAGUGUCCUUAACAGCUCCGUGAAGACAGGCAAUGAGUCUGGUUCCAACCUCUCUGACAGCGGUUCUGUGAAGCGUGGUGACAAGGACCUCCACCUGGGAGACCGUGUGCUGGUCGGUGGGACGAAGACUGGCGUGGUACGGUAUGUUGGGGAGACGGACUUUGCGAAAGGCGAGUGGUGUGGCGUGGAGCUGGAUGAGCCCCUUGGGAAGAACGACGGGGCCGUGGCAGGCACCAGGUAUUUCCAGUGCCCACCCAAGUUCGGUCUCUUUGCACCCAUCCACAAGGUCAUCCGAAUUGGCUUCCCAUCCACCAGUCCAGCCAAGGCCAAGAAGACCAAACGGAUGGCUAUGGGCGUCUCGGCCUUGACCCACAGUCCCAGCAGCUCCUCCAUCAGCUCUGUCAGCUCCGUGGCCUCCUCAGUUGGCGGCCGGCCCAGCCGGAGUGGCCUGCUCACAGAGACCUCGUCACGCUACGCCCGGAAGAUCUCAGGCACGACAGCCCUGCAGGAAGCGCUGAAGGAGAAGCAGCAGCACAUUGAGCAGCUGCUGGCUGAGCGUGAUUUGGAGAGGGCCGAAGUAGCCAAGGCCACCAGCCAUAUCUGUGAGGUGGAGAAGGAGAUCGCCCUGCUGAAGGCACAGCAUGAGCAGUAUGUUGCAGAAGCCGAGGAGAAGCUGCAGCGGGCACGGUUGCUGGUGGAGAAUGUGAGGAAAGAGAAAGUGGACCUGUCCAAUCAGCUGGAGGAGGAGAGGAGGAAGGUGGAGGACCUGCAGUUCCGGGUGGAAGAAGAAUCCAUCACCAAAGGAGACCUAGAGACCCAGACCCAGCUGGAGCACGCGCGCAUUGGGGAGUUGGAGCAGAGCCUGCUAUUGGAGAAGGCGCAGGCCGAGCGGCUGCUCAGAGAAUUAGCGGAUAACAGGCUCACCACAGUGGCCGAGAAGUCUCGGGUGCUGCAGUUAGAAGAGGAGCUGAGCCUGCGGCGCGGUGAAAUCGAAGAGCUGCAGCAGUGUCUCCUGCAGUCGGGCCCACCACCCCAGGACCACCCUGAGGCCGCCGAGACCCUGCGGCUGCGAGAGCGACUGCUAUCGGCUAGCAAGGAGCACCAGCGAGACAGCACCCUGCUCCAGGACAAGUACGAGAAGAUGCUGAAGACUUACCAGGCUGAGGUGGACAAGCUCCGGGCAGCCAACGAGAAGUACGCACAGGAGGUGGCAGACCUCAAGGCCAAGGUUCAGCAGGCCACCAGCGAGAACAUGGGACUCAUGGACAACUGGAAAUCCAAGCUGGACUCCCUGGCCUCUGAUCACCAGAAGUCCCUGGAGGACCUGAAAGCCACACUGAACUCUGGCCCCGGCGCUCAGCAGAAGGAGAUCGGGGAGCUGAAGGCGCUGGUGGAGGGCAUCAAGAUGGAACACCAGCUGGAGUUAGGCAACCUGCAAGCCAAGCACGACUUGGAGACAGCCAUGCUCGGGAAGGAGAAGGAGGCCCUGCGGCAGAAACUGCAGGAGGCUCAGGAGGAGUUGGCGGGGCUGCAGCAGCACUGGAGGGCGCAACUGGAGGAGCAGGCCAGCCAGCACCGGCUGGAGCUCCAGGAGGUGCAGGACCAGUGCCGCGAUGCCCAGCUGCGCGCCCAGGAGCUGGAGGGGCUGGACCUGGAGUUCCGUGGCCAGAAUCGGGUCAUCGAGUUCCUCAAAGAACAGAUCUCCCUGGCUGAGAAGAAGAUAGUGGAUUACGAUACGCUGCAGAGGGAGGGAGAGCGGCUGCGGGAAAAGCUUCUGGUGGCUGAGAAUAAACUCCAAGCCCUCGAGUCCCUGUGCUCUGCCCAGCACAGCCAUGUGAUCGAGCCCAAUGACCUUUCCGAGGAGAAGAUUCGCUUGAAAGAGACUGUGGAGGGCCUGCAGGACAAACUGAACAAGAGGGACAAAGAGGUGGCAGCCUUGACAUCCCAGAUGGACAUGCUCAGGGCCCAAGUAAGUGCCCUGGAGAACAAGUGCAAAUCAGGAGAGAAAAAGAUGGACUCUGUCCUGAAGGAGAAGAGGCGUCUGGAGGCAGAGCUGGAAGCCGUGUCUCGAAAGACCCAUGAUGCCUCGGGCCAGCUGGUCCACAUUAGCCAAGAGUUGCUGCGGAAGGAGCGGAGUCUGAAUGAGCUAAGGGUGUUGCUGUUAGAAGCCAAUCGCCACUCCCCAGGGCCCGAGAGAGACCUGAGCCGCGAGGUGCACAAGGCAGAAUGGCGGAUAAAGGAACAAAAACUGAAGGAUGACAUCCGGAGCCUGCGUGAAAAGCUGACUGGGCUGGAUAAGGAGAAGUCCCUGUCAGAGCAGAGACGCUACUCCCUCAUUGACCCAGCAUCAGCGCCCGAGCUACUGCGACUGCAGCACCAGUUGGUGAGCACGGAGGAUGCCCUGCGGGACGCACUGGACCAGGCCCAACAGGUGGAGAGGCUGGUGGAGGCUCUGAGGGGCUCAGACAGGACUCCGACCAUCAGCAAUUCCGGUUCUGCCAACGGUAUCCACCAGCCAGACAAGGCCCACAAACAGGAGGACAAACACUGACCCAGGGACGCCAUGAACCGGCCCCAUUCCCACCAGAGCCCUGCCGGGCUUCCCACCUGCAGCUCCACCUCCAGGCAGGAGCCAGAACUGUCUCUUUGGAGAUGAGACUGUGUUUGUAUUGUCCUCACCGCUGUGGACAGUUCCCACCUGAACCCCCUGCCGGACCAGGAGGCUCCCACAGACACGGCCUUCCACAGAGCGCGGUACAGCUGGGCCUGGCCCCAGACAACCUCUCUUGUCCCAAGGCGCUUCUGGACUUUGCAGAGGCUGAAGCGAUCCAGUUAGGCCUCUCUUGGCUACAGCAGGCUGCUUUGAGUCUUGUCUGGGCACCUGGGUACUCGCCUGCCUCCCUUCCCUUCUGGUGUCCCCAGGUACCUUGCAGGCCUCUGAGGAGUGGUGCAGGGCCCCUGCUUGGACACCUACACACUGAGAAGGGCUUCAGUCUUCAGAAACUAGGAAGGGCAUUCUUGACUCAUUUACACAUUGGUACAAGGUCUCUUGGGCCUCUUUAGCCAGGGAAGGUUUGGGGAUCGACAGGCUCCUCCCUCCUCAACACCAGGCUAGUAUGCAUACUACCCCCACCUGCUGCCCAGAAAGCACUGAGCAGACAGCUACAGUAUUAGGUGAGCACGCAGAUGUUCUUCCUCCCCUCCUGACCUUGAGCCAGGCCUGGCUUGGGGCUUGGAGUCAAGCUAGAACAGGUACAAAACUCUUUAAACAAAGCAUUCGCAUGGCGUUUUAUUGGGGGGGGGGCGGGGAGAGAAACCGAUCUGGGAACCCCUGCCAUGUUACUCCAAAGACCCCAGCAACCCUCAGAGGGUCCGGUUCCUGUCUUCCCAGGGUGGGACCACAGUGGGUGACCGCUAUGGUAAGUUAGAAGGAUGGACCAGCAGGUGGCGCUCACGCUCACCUGUCGGGAGGAGUCGAAUUAGCAUCUCCACCCUCCUUUAUGCUUUGGGUAGCACUCGCCUUUAACAACAAGCAGCCUAGAGCCUAGAAUUGACGCUUUAGUGGCCUAACUGCAGAGCCAAAUAUUGCUCUCUUCCGCACAAUCGGGCAGCUCACGGAUUAGGAACUAAUAGCCAAAGGCUCCCACAGUAGGGACCAAAAGGGGCUGAGCCCCACCCCGGAGUGGGCUUGCACCUGGGAGGUGUGCAAGAAGCCAUUUCCUCACAAGCACUGGCCUUUGAAGGCCCCCUCAGCCUACCCGGUGUGACCACACGACUGUGGCUCAGCCGUCCCCUCCCUCCCCCUCCCCCAGUGGAAUUGUGGAAGUGUGGCAGUCCGUGUUCGGACAAUAAAGCUUGUGUCUGAGGUACAGGA